AUGAGCUCCUCUCUCCCCAAAAGCGAAUCUCGAACCUCUCUGAUCGGAUCCUCGGCUCACCGCCACCACCAUCAGAACCGCCAUCAGAACCGGAGCACCGGGGACACCGAGCCCGCCGAGUGCGCGCGCAACUCCCGGCGCGGAGGCUCGAGACGCGGGCACGAGGAACAACCGAGCGGGCGCAUCAGACCUCAGCAUCCUCCUCAUCCUCAUCCUCCUCAUCCUCAUGAUGAGAACCGGAGAACCUCCACCGAUCAUCACACCGACAUGUUCUUCACCCCGGAGCUGAGCGCGCGCGGGGGCUCGAGCCUGGAGGAACCGGCACCUGCGCGCGCAGAGGCGGCGGGGAGGAGACGCGGUACCGCGCGCCACACCGGGACCGCACGCGACGAGGAGCUGCACCCCAUCGUGAAGUCAGUGUUCGGACAGGACAGAGAGCUGAGACCUGAAGAACUGGACGAGCUGAGAGAGGCGUUUAGAGAGUUCGAUAAGGACCAUGAUGGGUUUAUCGGCUGUAAGGAUUUGGGGAACUGUAUGAGGACGAUGGGGUACAUGCCCACAGAGAUGGAGCUGAUCGAGCUCAGUCAGCAGAUCAACAUGAACCUGGGGGGUCACGUGGACUUUGAGGACUUUGUGGAGCUGAUGGGACCAAAACUGUUGGCAGAAACAGCAGAUAUGAUCGGAGUGAAGGAGCUCAGAGACGCUUUUAAGGAGUUCGAUACUAACGGUGAUGGACAGAUCAGUACAGCAGAACUGCGGGAGGCCAUGAAGAAGCUUCUGGGGCAGCAGGUGGGACAUAAAGAUCUAGAGGACAUCCUGAGGGACAUUGAUCUUAAUGGAGAUGGACACGUGGACUUUGAAGAGUUUGUGAGGAUGAUGUCCCGCUGAUCUUCUGCACCGAGACGUUUGAGGAUCUGAAUCUUCUGCAAUACACACAGACCUCUGGAGCGUGACCUCUGACCUCUGACCCUGUAC